GACCCCGGCGGCCUCCGGGCCUUCCCCGGCCCCGCGGGGCCCCCGAGCCGUCGGCACGCGAAGGGCCGCCCGUUCCCUGACGAACACCGCGCCGGAGACCCGCGUCCUCUCGAAGUCGGCCGUGCGCACAGUCGCCGCCGCCGCCGCACCACGUUCCCCACCCGCGGCUGCGUCACCGGGAGACACGUUCGCGGCCGGCGUGGAUCGAGCCGGCCCGCCCGAGAGCGCAGGCCGCAGGCCCAGAGUGCCGCCCUGAGGCCCGCCGAGCGCACGACACCCUCGUCGCCGUCGCGCUCCGCCUCCCAGCGCCUUGCGGGGCGCCCAGGGGCGUUCGUGCGGCUUCUGACCCGCCCAGGCCUGGCCGGGAUUCGUCCGGCUGCCCGCGGGACGAGAGGAGGAGGAGGGCUUGGAUGCAGGCCGCGGGAGCGCUGCCUUCCUAGUUCUACAGCCGCCAAGCGCCACAGCAACAUCCUCAGAGUCUGAGCGAACUGCGCCCAGAGCGGGCACAGAGCCUCUUACUGCCAGCAACCUGCGGCCCUGGAGACGACCACAGGCGCAGUGACAGCACCUCGCCACCACCAGCCCAAGGACCGCCAUGGCCAAGAGCCGCAGGGACAGAAACAGUUGGGGUGGGUUUUCAGAGAAGUCAAGCGAAUGGAGCUCAGAAGAGGAGGAGCCAGUGAAGAAGGCAGGACCUGUCCAAGUCCUCAUUGUCAAAGAUGACCAUUCCUUUGAGUUAGACGAGGCCGCGCUGAACCGGAUCCUUCUCUCGGAGUCCGUCAGAGACAAGGAGGUGGUUGCUGUGUCUGUUGCUGGAGCCUUUAGAAAAGGAAAGUCUUUCCUCAUGGACUUCAUGCUGCGGUACAUGUACAACCAGGAAUCUGUUGACUGGGUUGGAGAUUACAAUGAACCAUUGACUGGAUUUUCAUGGAGAGGUGGAUCUGAACGAGAAACCACAGGAAUCCAGAUAUGGAGUGAAGUUUUCCUUGUCAAUAAACUUGAUGGUAAAAAGGUGGCGGUGUUACUGAUGGAUACUCAGGGAACCUUUGACAGUCAGUCAACUUUGAGAGACUCGGCCACAGUGUUUGCCCUCAGCACGAUGAUCAGCUCAAUACAGGUGUACAACUUAUCCCAGAAUGUCCAGGAGGAUGAUCUUCAGCACCUCCAGCUUUUCACUGAGUACGGCAGGCUAGCGAUGGAAGAGACAUUCCUGAAGCCUUUUCAGAGUCUGAUAUUUCUCGUGCGAGACUGGAGUUUCCCAUACGAGUUCUCCUAUGGAGCUGAUGGUGGCGCCAAGUUCUUGGAGAAACGACUCAAGGUCUCAGGGAACCAGCACGAAGAACUACAGAAUGUCAGAAAGCACAUCCAUUCCUGUUUUACCAACAUUUCCUGUUUUCUCCUACCUCAUCCUGGCUUGAAAGUGGCUACGAACCCGAACUUCGAUGGAAAGCUGAAAGAAAUAGAUGACGAAUUCAUCAAAAACUUGAAAAUACUGAUUCCGUGGCUCCUUAGUCCUGAGAGCCUAGAUAUUAAAGAGAUCAAUGGGAAUAAAAUCACCUGCCGAGGUCUGCUGGAGUACUUCAAGGCGUACAUAAAGAUCUAUCAAGGUGAAGAAUUACCACAUCCCAAGUCCAUGUUACAGGCCACCGCAGAAGCUAACAACCUAGCAGCUGUUGCAACUGCCAAGGACACAUACAACAAGAAGAUGGAGGAGAUUUGUGGUGGUGACAAACCAUUCCUUGCCCCUAAUGACCUGCAGACCAAGCACCUGCAGCUAAAAGAAGAAUCUGUGAAGUUAUUCCGAGGGGUGAAGAAGAUGGGCGGGGAAGAAUUCAGCCGGCGUUACCUGCAGCAGUUGGAGAGUGAGAUAGAUGAACUUUACAUCCAGUACAUUAAGCACAAUGACAGCAAAAAUAUCUUCCACGCAGCUCGCACCCCAGCCACACUGUUUGUCGUCAUCUUCAUCACAUACGUGAUUGCUGGUGUGACUGGGUUCAUUGGCUUGGACAUCAUAGCUAGUCUGUGCAACAUGGUCAUGGGACUGACUCUUAUCACCCUGUGCACCUGGGCAUACAUCCGCUACUCUGGGGAGUACAGAGAGCUGGGGGCCGUCAUUGACCAGGUAGCUGCGGCCUUGUGGGACCAGGGAAGCACAAAUGAGGCUUUAUACAAGCUUUACAGUGCAGCAGCAACCCACAGACACCUGUAUCAUCAAGCUUUUCCUGCACCCAAGUCAGAGCCUACUGAACAACCAGAAAAGAAGAAAAUUUAAGUCAGUAAAAACAAAUGCAGGUGCAUGACCAUUUGUCACUUACUAUCAGAGCUUUUGUUUCCAUGCAAACAUUCAAAGUGCUUCCUUCAGAACAGAGUGAAAGCCAAAUGCCCAAGAACUCGAGCAGUCCAAUUCUUUCCUCCAGUGAUUAAUAAGCAGAUGUAUGUAUGUAUGCAUGGGUCUUGGUUAAUAUGUGCAGUUUCCUGAUUUUCGUCUUUAAAUACGCUGUUAUCAUUUCAGGUAUUUGUAAACUGGAGGACAGUAGAGGUGUUCUCCUUGACUUCACCAAGUUCUACUACUGAGUUAUAAUUAAAUAUUGUGUGAUACCACUCCAGGUUUGGAUAUGCUCAUUUAAUUUCUAUAGGGAAUUUAAGUUAUUUUGCGUAGCUAUUUGUUAAAGCACAGCAUAACUCAGCAGGCUUGAUCUAUAUAAUCUUAUACAUACCACAGGCUCUUAUCUUGAAAUAUAUUUAAGAGCUUAAAAGUUGCUUUACCAAAACGAUACAUUGUUUCUUUUUAUAUUUAUGACUUAAUAUAGAAUGUAAAUCUCUUGAUUAAAAAUGCACAGAAGUUGUUUUGUA